AUGAGGCCUGGUAUGUGCAGCCGUGUGUCGGUGAUGCGGGGCCAGGUUGUGUCUCCCCAGGGGCUGGGGAUAAUCGGCAUCAGAGUCUCCGUGGAUAGAGAGGCUCGCUUCGGCUUCACGCUUACAAGACAAGGAGGAUGGUUCGACGUACUGGUCAACGGAGGUGGAGCCGUGACGCUGCAGUUCCAGAGGUCACCAUUCAAACCAUUACGGAAGACAGUCUUCGUGCCAUGGAAUCAGAUCGUCGUACUUCCACCGGUUCAAAUGGAAUUGAGCGAUGAGAGCGUUAAAGUACCAACACCAAGAGCUCCCCCACUUUUGGGCUGGUCCCCAAUGCCACAAUGGUGGGAAUCCAACACGCCUCCGUGUGGAGUCCAUGACCACGAGCGCCUAAGACCAGAGGUGGUGGCCAUGCCGGCGUUGGCUGCACCCGCUGCUCCUUCGCCUACUACAACCACUGUUAUAUACCCUGAAGCUCAGAUUGUCAGUGAAUCCAUAGCCAUACCCGGUUCCUCAGUUAAAUUAACGUAUCGUUCGUCGCAAGCUGCCGGUUAUCUCUCCUGCGUGCAUAUACAACUGACCAGGAAAAUAAUACCCGCUGCCCUGACCAGGGUUCAUGUGAGGGUGGAAAUAGAGGGCUCACUUCACACACACACGUACGAGGCGGACCCAGACCUGACACAUGUGUUUGCGUGGAACAAGAGAAAUGUGUAUAAGCAGAAGGUAUACGGUGAGGCCCAAGCGAAGAUAUCAAUAGGAUACGAAUACACAUCAUGUUCGUCAAUCGUCUGGGAGACGCAGACGGCGACGUUGGCUGGCUUCGACGUCGACAUAUCUGACAUCGGGGGAUGGGGUCUGGACAUCCACCACCAUUACAACUUCCACGAGGGCAUCUUGCAGAAGGGAGACGGCGCUUUAUUGCAUUUGAAGAAUUAUCCUAGGACUGUUCAGGUGGUUAUGGGAACUGGUCUCCAAAGAAGCUUGGACUGUCCCGAUCAUUGCAACGGGAAGGCCGCUGACUCCAGACUUCUCACUCCGACAGCUUUGACAUCUGGUCCUGAUGGUUCUCUUUACGUCGGAGACUUUAACUUGGUUCGACGUAUCACACCCGAAGGCGUCGUUACAACUGUUCUUCAACUACAGACUACGCAAAUGGCAUACCAGUACUACAUCUGCAUAUCUCCAGCCGACGGCUACUUGUACAUAUCAGACUCCGAGAGGCACCAGGUCAGACGAGUGAUAGUGCUGGACAAAGUGAGAGACCCCACCACCAAUUCUGAACCAGUGGUUGGGAGUGGUGAUCGGUGCGUCCCAGGCGAUGACUCUAACUGCGGUGAUGAAGGACCUGCUAUUAAAGCCAAGUUGGCCCACCCUAAAGGUCUGGCUAUAGCAGCAGAUAGGACCAUGUACAUCGCAGACGGAACGAACAUCCGAGCAGUUGACCCCAGCGGAAUCAUUCAUACCCUCGUUGGCCACCAUGGCCAUCACAACCAUUGGUCACCUGUGCCCUGUCACGGUGCCAUUGCCCCCUACGAAGCCCAACUUCAAUGGCCCACCGGCGUGUCCCUAUCCCCACUAGAUGGCUCCCUAUACUUCAUAGACGAUAGAGUCAUCCUCAAACUCACAGUCGACAUGAAGAUAAAGGUGGUCGCAGGCCAGCCCUCGCACUGUCGACUCGGAAGUGACGGGAAACCCAUAGCGAAGUCGAACAAAACGACCGAUUUCAGAGAAGACUCCAAUCUGGGGACUAUUCUGGCGAUCGCGUUCGCUCCGAGCGGAAUUUUAUACGUCGCAGAAUCGGACUCCAAAAAGACGAACACGAUUAAAACAAUAGACCCGUCCGGAAAAAUACUGCAUUUUGCUGGGAAAUUGCAGGAGAAUUUGAAGGAACUGAGCUGUGAAUGCAACUCGUCUACCGUUAUUCCGGUGAAUCCCAGGGAUGAGGCGGGAUGCCCUUGCAGGCUGAGUGUAGUUGUUGGGGAUGAACCGCCCACGAAUACGGAGACGCUGUUAUCGUCUAAUGCCAAGUUCCAGACGAUAUCUGCUCUUGCUGUCACACCGGAUGGUGUACUCAAUGUAGUUGACCAAGGCUCCCUUCACAUACUGGCUCUCAAGCAUUACCUACCCUCACACGACGAAAACGGCGAAUUCAGAAUCCCCUACCCACCAACAUCCGAAGUGUACGUCUUCAACAGAUACGGCCAACACAUUACAACCAAAGACCUAACAUCAGGAAAAACAAGAUACUCCUUCCUGUAUUCCAAAAACACCAGUUUUGGAAAAUUAUCAACGGUCACAGAUGCGUCUGGAAACAAAAUACAGCUUUUGAGAGAUUACAGUAACAUUGUCAGUUCUAUAGAAAAUACUCAAGAUCAUAAGUUGGAACUGAAAAUCUCUGGAAUCGGAUAUUUGACAAGAAUCACGGAGAAGGGAUCUUCGGAAUUGGAGUUUGAUUAUGACGCUAAUUCCGGAUUGCUUAAUAGUCGAUCGGGGGCUAGUGACACCGUGAUAUACGUCUACGACGAGCUGGGUCGAGUGACAAAAAUAAUAAUGCCAUCAGGCGAACAAGUCCACAUUGCGUCUGGAUUGGCUAAAAACUAUGGCCUCGCCGUGACUGUCUCUAAUCCCGCCAGCACCAUACCAGUUGGAGUAGCCAAGAAGUGCGAAUAUGUCUUACACGGGCAAUCGUUCAAGCAAAUCACAAUCAAUAACGGAAAACAAAUAACCGAAGGAAAAAUAUACACGAACAACACCAUGGUACUUGACACGCCCUGGUCCGGCAAAUUCGAGAGUAUUGCCGCUGCGAAGCAUCCCCUGCUGGAAGCCGCUUUGCCUAUCGAGGCGGAAAUGCUGCGAAUGUGGUCACACCAAACGACAACAUUCGGGGAUGCCCUCAUAAACAACAUGUACUCCUUGUACACCUUGGUUGGUGAUGUCAGGAAUCCACAGCAGACACUUAACCGUGAGAUAUGGGUGAACGACUCGCGAGUUCUAAUCAUAGAAUUCGACCAAUUCAAGAGCAGAGAAACGUUCUUCAACGCUGAUAGAAAUCCACUUUUCACAAUCUCCUAUGACGUCGCCGGAUUACCUUUAUCGUUCACACCGCACGGCGCUGGAGUUCCUUUGAAUAUCUCCUACGAUCGUUUCUAUAGGAUAAACGGUUGGAAGUGGGGUGUGACCGAGGAAUCGUACAGCUACGACCCGCACGGCAUGCUCUCAGAAAUAACGAGUCCCCAGGAUGGAACAAAGUUCAUUUAUUACAACGAAGGGAACCUCGUCUCCAAAAUAUCGUUAGCGAGUCAACGGAAGUUCACGUACAAAUACGACAAAGAUGGCGGUCUGACGCACGUCAUUUUGCCGUCGGGUACGAACCACUCGUUCAGUGUGCAACCGUCGAUCGGGUUCAUACGUGUCACGUACACACCACCCGGCUCUUCCAAGAAGUAUCUUCAGCAUUACUCGCAUUCCGGUGAACUGCUUCAAACCGUUUUCCCCGGGGAUGGCGCGCGAAUCAUCUACCGAUACUUCACGACAAAUAAAAUAUCCGAAGUGGUUCACGGGGACGGUCAGACGCAAAUACAUUACGCAGAAAACAAUGGGUUGCCGUCUGAAAUCCUGCACGUGGACCGCGAAGUUGACUACCGCUGGGAGUCGACGUACGUCGGGGGAUUGCUCGUAGAAGAGAGACUGGAUUACGGCGCCAAAACCGGCCUCAGUAACGCUAAGAUCAUCUACGAAUACGACAGCAACUACCGAACAGUGGCGGUUCAGGGACGGAUCGGCGGGCAAACUCUAAUCCCGUACCACAUCGUCUACAACAGCAAGACUGGAGCGCCAGAACUGUUGGGUCAGUUCACGGUUUCCAAGCAAAAGUGGAACGAGACGUCCGUGUACGACGGUAUCGCGAUGUUUUCCCGAACUCUGACUGAUCAAUUCCUGGAGCGGGAGAUAACAGUGAAUAUCCAUAGAAUGGAAGUGUUCAGGAUGGAGUUCUUCUACGAUAAACAUGGAAGGAUCUCCCAGACGAGAACGCAUACGCGGAACGUGGGCGUGAAUACGUACACAAAUGUUAAGAACUACACGUGGGACUGUGACGGACAGUUGACAGGCGUAGAGGCACAGGAGCCCUGGGGCUUCAGAUACGAUGAUAACGGGAAUAUGCUCUCAAUGACGUAUAGGGAAAACACCAUUCCCAUGGGAUACAAUGAUAUGGAUAGGAUAAUUAAAUUUGGGGAGGGGCAGUAUAGAUACGACAGUCGGGGGCUCGUUUGGCAGAAUGCCAGAGAAGAGAAAUUCCAGUAUAAUGCCAAAGGUCUACUUAUAAGAGCGACGAAACGUGGAAGAUUUGAUGUUAGAUAUUACUACGAUCAUCUAGAUCGUUUGUCUACAAGAAAGGAUAACUUUGGGAACGUAACACAAUUCUUUUACACGAACAAAGCUAAACCUCACGAAGUUAGUCACAUUUACUCGCCCAGAGAGAAUAGAUUCAUAACAUUGGUGUAUGAUGACCGCGGACAUAUCAUUUAUAUGCAGGUGGCUCGUCACAAAUAUUACAUCGCCACCGACCAAUGCGGAACUCCUGUGAUGGUCUUCAAUCAAUAUGGCGAAGGCAUCAGGGAGAUGAUGAGGUCCCCAUACGGUCACAUAGUGUACGACUCCAACCCCUACCUUUAUCUACCCGUGGACUACUGCGGUGGUCUAUUAGACCAGGUGACGUCAUUGGUCCACAUGUCGAACGGCAAAGUGUACGACCCUCUCAUUGGUCAAUGGAUGUCGCCAUUGUGGGAGAGUCUGAUGGAGAGAAUCCAUGACCCGACGCAUUUGCAUUUGUAUAGAUUUAACGGGAACGAUCCUAUUAAUGUCAGGCCGCAGAACAAGAAGCCAACUGACCACUUAUCAUGGCUCGAACUGCUGGGUUACGACACCAAGAGUCUCGCCCCACAGCUGUACCCAGACGAGCUGCCCGGUGGCUCAGUCUUGCCGAGGAUCCCUCGCGGCCGACCUUUAUGGGGAAUGGCACCCGACUCCAGCGGCCCCAGUCUCCCAUACGCGACAUCCCUACUUCCGAGCGUCAUCAUAGAAUCAGGCUUCCUGUCACACAUGUCCAACAAGAGAAUAGCCGACUUCAGAAGCCUCUCCAUCCCGGCGAUGUCCGCUCUCAAGGCGGACGCUCUCGACCUCACUCCGAAAAGAAUCGGCUCGGACUCCGAACCACCCUUCGGACGUGGAAUACUCGUCUCCAGAAACUCCCGCGGAAGGGCCGUCGUCACCACCGUGCCUUCCGCCAACGCCAUCUACCGUGACGUCUACACAUCAGUAUUCAAUCGAUCUCAUUUACUGCCAUUCUCCUUCGUCGUCCACGGAGACCAGCAGGACGUCUUCUACUUCGUGAAAGAGGAGACCUGGCGCGCCGCGGACGACAAACAGCAGCUGAAGAGGAUGCAGGGCAAACUGAACGUGACGUUCCACGAGGUGACUGAAGGCGGCCGGUCCUACGCCGACGUGAAGAUACACGGCCAGACGAGUAUCGUGAACCUUCGAUACGGAACCAGCACGGAGAGAGAGAAGCAGAGACUCCUCCACCACGCCAAAGCGUCCGCCAUCAGAAAAGCGUGGCACCGAGAGCGCGAGAUCCUUCGGGCCGGAAUGGGCGGCUCAUUGGACUGGUCGGCUGCCGAGUUGGAAGAGAUCCAGAAGGCGGGUUCCGCGGCCGGCUACGAAGGGGAGUACGUUCACGACGUGGCGCGGUACCCGGAGCUGGCCGAAGACCCUUACAACGUUCGCUUCGUGAAGCGACGCUCGGACCGCAGCGAGCGUCGCCGCCGGAAGCGCUCGGAGUGCCCCUCCCCUUGGUGGCUCGCCUGGGAAGAACUCUGCUAG